AUGAACGGGAUUUUGUCUUCUGUGUAUCAAUCUCGCUCUGAAUCUCUCGUCACCGCUUCAUCCACCAACCUCCUUCGUUACUUAAGUGUGAGGGCUAUGGAAGAAACGGGGAAGGCAAAAGAAGUGGAGAAUGAAGAUACCUCAACCAGUGGCAAACAAGAACGUGCCAUUUCUCCACUUGAUCUAGGUUUGUUCGCCAUAUGGGAUCAAUUUCGUAGUUUCUUAGUGAUUUUGACCAAAAAGGUCAAAAAGAAAGUUCCAACUAUUACUAGGUCCGAUACAAAGGAUUCAAUUGACAGAGAUGCUGUGCUUGCAAGGGUUGAAUCAGAGAAAAGACUGGCUUUAAUUAAGGCAUGGGAAGAAAGUGAGAAGACAAAAGCAGAGAACAGGGCAUAUAAAAGGCACAAUGCUGUUGUGUUGUGGGAGAAUAGUAAGAAAGCAUCUGCGGAGGCACAUCUCAAAAGAAUUGAGGAAAAAUUGGACAGAAACAAGGCGAAGUGUGUUGAAAAAAUGCAAAAUAAAGUUGCAGAAAUUCACCGAACAGCAGAGGAGAAAAGGGCAAUGAUAGAAGCGUACAAGGGAGAAGAAUUCCUGGAAAUAGAGGAGAAAGCUGCAAAAUUUCGUACCCGGGGAUAUUCGCCCAGGAAAUUUCUUCCAUGCUUCGGCAGUUAA